AUGGGGGCUAACCAGUCACGACCGUCCGAUGCUGCUGUUAACGAGAAGCUGAUGGAGCGACUCCAGGCCCUCCACAUGAAAGAUGAACGACCCAUGAAUGAGAAGGAUGGAUUUGUAGUUGUUGGUGGCGAAUCUCCACCCAAAUACACUCCUGGCGUCAAGUACCAACAGGAUGUCUCCGCCGCAUCAGUGUCUGAAUGGGAGAAGGAGCUCAUGGAAGACCCAAAGAACCGUCUUGCCCUCGCAGCCCUCAGCUCCAACUCUGCCAACGCCGUGCUUUCGUCUCGAUCAGCUGUCAUAGCAGACACCCAGAAGUUCAACAUCAAGAUCCCUCUUGAGGGUUCGCCCGUCACAAACCAAGCCUCGUCCGGAAGAUGCUGGCUCUUCGCGUCCACCAACGUCUUCCGUGUCGCCAUCAUGAAGAAGUACAAGCUGUCCGAGUUCCAGCUCUCCCAGUCGUACCUCUUCUACUGGGACAAGAUCGAGAAGGCGAAUUACUUCCUCGAAAGCAUUCUGGAUACAAAGGAUGAGGAGAUUGAUAGUCGCAUCAUACAGGCACUGAUGGCUAGCCCCGUCGGUGAUGGUGGACAAUGGGAUAUGGUGGCCAACCUCGUACAAAAGUAUGGUCUUGUGCCACAUUCGCUGUAUCCAGAUUCCUACAACGCAACCAGCUCAUCGACUAUGGACCGUCUGAUUACCACCAAGCUACGCGAAGAUGCAGUUCGUCUACGUUCUAUUGCCCGCAGCAACGCUACACCAGAUGCCAUCAAGGCGACCAUCGCCGGAGAGAAGGAUAAGAUGCUUCGUGAGAUCCACUUGAUUCUGACACUGAUGCUUGGCCCACCACCAUGCUCCACCAAGCCCUUCACUUGGGAGUACUACGACAAGGACGGCAAAUUCUGCACUGUCCGCACGCGACCUACUGCUUUUGCAAACGAACUCUCCGACAACAAGACCGUACGAGCACUGUCUGGAACUGACGUCCAUUCACUCUUCUCGCUUGUGAACGAUCCUCGUAACCCCUACAACCGUCUGCUUAGUGUGAAGCGACUGGGCAACGUCUGGAACGGCCGACCAGUGACCUACGUAAAUGUCGACAUGAAGACAAUCAAAGAUGCCUGCAUCACUAUGCUGAAGCGUGGCAUGCCUGUGUUCUUCGGCUCAGACGUGGGCAAGUAUUCCGAUUCUGCCAAGGGCAUCAUGGACACGGAUCUCUUCGAGUAUGAGCUUGGCUUUAACAUUAAGCUUGGCAUGUCCAAGGCGGAGCGCCUGCAAACUGGUGAGAGCCAGAUGACACAUGCUAUGGUCCUGACGGCUGUGCAUGUCGUUGAUGGCAAGCCUGUGCGCUGGAGAGUAGAGAAUUCGUGGAGCGAGCGUGCGGGUGACAAGGGCUACUUUGUCAUGAGUGAUGCUUGGAUGGAUGAGUUCGUGUACCAGGCGGUCGUUGAUCCUAGCGUUGUCAGUUCGUCGGUCAAGAAGGUACUGGAGCAGAAGCCGAGGAUGCUAGAGCUGUGGGACCCAAUGGGUGCGUUGGCUUGA